GUUUUUCGCUACUUGAAGGUCGAGUGCGUUGCAGUUGACCUUUCAAGGCUACUGCUUACUUCACUCACUUGGUCUAUGAAAUCGUCUUCUGAAGUCUUACAUCAAACACAAAUAUCGUGAUAUGCGGUUUUAAAAUUCAUAUCUACCAACAGUUGUUUAUAUCCACAGAAGGUAUUUGGAAUCUUAAUCAAUUAUGAUUCCACAUCAUCGAAUUCAUAUGAAUGCCAGAGAUGCAGCAGUGAAAUCCAUUGAAGAAUUAGCUCAAUACUUUAAAGUAAAUAGGUUAUUUUCAUUUUUUUUUCUUUCACACAUUAUUACUAUUGUUAGGUUGACUUACAAAAUGGUCUUGAUCACACUGAAGCCCAAAUACGACUUCAGUUAUACGGUUCAAAUGAAUUAAAACAUCCCGAUCCGGAUCCAUUAUACAAGAAGUAUCUUGAACAAUUCAAAGAACCUAUGAUUUUGUUACUGCUAGCAUCUGCUUGCAUUAGUUUCAUCAUGAAACAGUAUGAUGAUACAAUUAGCAUAACUGUUGCUGUUUUAAUAGUAGUUACUGUUGCGUUUAUACAAGGCUACAGAUCGGAAAAAGUUUUGGAAGCUUUGCAAAAAUUGAUGCCACCAAAAUGUAGUUGCCUGCGUAAUGGUGAAGUACACACAUUUCUAGCUUCAUAUCUUGUUCCUGGUGAUAUUGUCUGUUUGUCAGUGGGAGAUCGUAUUCCAGCAGAUUUAAGACUAUUUGAUCUUGUCGAUCUAAGAAUGGAUGAAUCAAGUUUGACAGGAGAAACUGAAGCUGUCGCCAAGUCUUCCGAAAUACUUACUUCACACUCUCCAUCAUCAACUGUAUCUGAUUUAAUACAAUUUUCUUCAACACAAAAUGUUAAUUUAGGAGAUAAUGAAGCUGUUGAGCGUUUACGAGGAUGUCAUGAUCUAAAAAAUAUUGGUUUUAUGGGGACAUUAGUCUGUUCCGGAACCGCGAAAGGAUUAGUAAUUGGAACUGGUGAACAUUCUGAAUUCGGUGAAGUUUUCCGAAUGAUGCAUUUGGAAGAAGCACCACGUACCCCACUUCAAAAAAGCAUGGAUAAACUGGGGAAACACUUAUCGGCUAUUUCGUUGGCUAUCAUCUUCAGCAUAGUUACUAUUGGUUUGUUUCAAGGCCGACACAUUCUAGAGUUAUUGAAUAUUGGUGUAAGCUUGGCAGUUGCAGCCAUUCCCGAGGGUCUUCCUAUUGUAGUAACUGUAACUUUGGCAAUUGGACAAAUGCGUAUGGCGGCGAGAAAUGCUAUUGUUAGACGAUUACCGGCAGUUGAAACUCUUGGUUGUGUGAAUGUUGUCUGUUCAGACAAGACAGGAACUAUGACAAAAAAUGAAAUGACAGUAUCACAUGUAGUAACUGGAUCAUUAGAAAGAUUCACAGUUCCAUUAGAAUACAGUUGUGACAGUACACCUUCCGUUCGCUUGACUACAGAUAAUAGUGGUGAUGGUAGUUGCACUAUUAAAGUGUUUGAUAAUUUAUUGUCAGAUAAGAUGACGCCAAAUAACAUCGGUAAUCAUAUGCCUACGCAUAUUAGAUCAGUUUCAUCUGGUGAACUACGCACACCUUAUUAUUAUCCACCUGCCUUGGACAGUAUUUUGCAAAUUGGUUGUCUUUGUAACAAUGCUACGCUUCGAGGUGAUCAGUUGUUUGGACAACCUACCGAGGGUGCAAUUUUGAAACUAGCCGCUCAAUUACAUGUACCGGAUGAACGCGCCUAUUACACUCGCUUACAGGAAUGGCCAUUUAGUUCAGAAUCAAAACUGAUGAUGGUCAAGUGUGUCCGAAAUAAUCAGUCAUCAACUUCUGAAGAAGCAGUCUAUUUCGCCAAAGGUGCUGUGGAUCAAAUACUAAGUCGUUGUGCAUUUUCGUCAAUCUUCAAUAAUCCUGCAACUUCAAUACCACUAUCACCUUCCGAUCAUUCACCUAUGUCAAAUCGUUAUUCCGAUAACUGUGUAAAGCCAUUGAAUUCAGAAAUAAAAAAGCAAAUAUGCAAUGAAGCCUCUGCACUUGGUAACUUAGGCUUACGCGUACUAGCGUUAGCUAAAGGCACUCACUCAGGGCAAAUGGUUUUCCAUGGAUUGAUUGGUUUAAUUGAUCCACCGCGCCCUGGCGUAGAAGCGUGCAUUAGAAUACUCUGUGAAUCUGGUGUACGUGUGGUUAUGAUAACUGGAGAUGCUAAAGAAACCGCCUGCACAAUAGGCUCACGAUUAUCUCUCUAUCGGCCUGGUGAUUUGUGUCUUAGUGGCGAAGAAGUGGAACAAUUAAGUGUUGAACGAUUGAAGUCGAUUGUGCGCAAUGUCACUGUGUUCUAUCGAUCUGGACCAAAACAUAAGUGUAAAAUUGUUAAAGCCUUUCAACAAUGUGAUUUAGUUGUAGCAAUGACUGGAGACGGUGUAAACGAUGCGAUAGCAUUGAAGUCAUCCGAUAUUGGAAUUGCCAUGGGGCGGACGGGAACAGAUGUUUGUCGUGAAGCCUCAGAUAUAGUCUUGUUGGACGAUAAUUUCGCAACAAUUUUAGCAGCAAUGGAAGAAGGCAAAGCAUUAUUUCAUAAUAUAAAAAACUUUAUAGGAUUUCAAUUAAGCACAUCUAUAGCUGCAUUAACUUUGAUUGCACUGUCAACAUUAUUUUCUCUACCAACUCCAUUGAAUCCAAUGCAAAUUCUGUUUAUUAAUAUACUUAUGGAUGGACCUCCUGCUCAAAGCUUAGGCGUAGAACCACCAGAUCCACAUGUGGUCAGACAACCUCCCAGACGGGCUAGAGACUCUAUUUUGGAUGGCCGUUUAAUGUGCAAUGUGCUGACAGCCUCAUCUCUUAUUGUCGCUGGUACAUUAUGGAUAUUUUAUAGAGAAUUAUCUGAUGGGAAAGUUACACCACACGACACAACCAUGACAUUUACAUGCUUUGUACUUUUUGAUAUGUUCAACGCAUUGAGUUUUCGAUCACAGAGCAAGUCGAUUUUCUCAUUGGGAUUUCUAACAAAUCGUGUGUUUGUACUAGCGGUCGGCUUAUCACUAUUUGGUCAGUUAUUAGUAAUCUAUUUUCCACCUUUACAAGCUGUCUUUCAAACUGAAGCCUUAACAUUAAAGGAUCUAGGCAUGUUGGUUUGUUUAACAUCGUCUGUCUUCUUUGUGUCUGAGUUGCGCAAACUUAUCCAUAUUCGAAAACCUGUUCGACAUUGGACAACACACCUUCUGUCUUAUAUCAAAUUACCUAAACGCAUGAAAAUGGAUGAUAACAUGGUAUGACGGAUAUUUUGAUGAUGCUUUUCAAAUGGAGAAUAACACACUGUCGCACUGCAGCGUCGUCUACCUUCUUUGUAUAACGAUUGCAAGAAGAAAGAAUAGAAUGAGUAAACAUAUUUUUAUUGCCUUAUUUGUAUACAUCAGCCCCUUUUUUGGUUGUUUGUUUGUUUGUUUUUAUUUACACACACGCAUAUGUUGCCUCAUGAUGAGAGAAAUAAGCAUUUGUUUGCUGAAAAAAAUACAUCAAGUCUAAUCAUUUUUGAGUGCCCCUCUCUGUGACAAUAACUUUAAACCGCUGAUUCUUAACACAUUCUACCAUGAUUAAUAGAUAUGCUGUUGAGAGGUUUAAAAAAUAUGACACAUACUCAUGCACAUGAUGCCUUUGAUACAUACCAUCUGUGAGAGCUAGCUACUCGUUAACUAACUGAAACAGUGAGUAAAUUGACAAGUGGUGAAUCUUCAUCUCUGCUUUAAACUAUUCUUUCUUCAUAUUUUAUAUGAACCAAGUGAGAUUUUCUCUGUUUUGGUUGCCUAUUUUCACAAACAGGUUUUUGCUGCUUUGUGUGUGUGUGUAUGUGUUCGAUUGUAAAUAACCACUACUUUAAAGCCUAAUUUACUACACCUUUAGAAGAUAACUAACUUUAUAUUAUGAAUAAUAGUUGGCUUAUUUUGCUGCAUAAUUCCCUUGAUCUUUCUCCUCUAAGCCAAGUUGUCUGGUUCGUGUUCCCAGUCUUUCUCUCUCUCUUUCUUGUCAAUGUUUCCUCUUGUCUCCCUCCGUUAUAGAUCGGACCGUUGACCGUUUUUUUGAACCUUUGUUGUUUUGUGUCUUUCUUUAUUUGUCUUUCUUUUUUUUGAUAGUAUUCUCCAACUUCACACAUAUGUUUUAUGUACUGGCUGAUCUUUUUACAUUUGAUUAUUAUUGUUAAUAUUUCCUCAAAAAAAUGAUACAUUUAGUUUUAAUUUCAGUGAAUUUGCUGCUGGAUACCGUGGCCGGUAAUUAUUGCUUGUUACAACUGAUUUCACCGGCAAAACCGGCACUUUUUUUUCCCUAUCUCAUAUCUUCCAGUUCCUAUCUUGAUUUCACUGUACGUCUUUCUGAAGCGAGAAAGCACAAUGCUGGAUAAAUGAAUAAAACACUAAACCGAUUGUUCGCGGUAAAAUCGAAAAAAAUAUAUAAAAAGAAAUCAAUUUUGUUGGAAGUUCAAAUUUUAUUUUCUCUUUUUCCCUAAUGUUGUUUAUUAUCGGUGAGGUUUUC